AUGUGGAGACAGCGAGCUCUGGCCAUUCUUUGUGUGGCCACGGUUGUUGGAUUAGGUGAGUUCUGGGGGUCAGUUGGUCAGAAAAGGCUUCGGAAAUGGGGCUGAAGGUACGCUCAUAUUUUGCAAGGGGAGCAAGGAGGUCAUGAGGAAGUUUGUCGUAGAAUAUGGUGGAUUUCAUGUGUUCAAUUCUCGAAGAGAAGAAAUCGAGGGUUUUCUGAAAUCUUGGGUGUGGAUAUAAAUGAACUACACUCUAUUUCCUGAGAAUCUUAGCUUGCACUUUAAGGAUAUACCCAGGACAGUCAACAACUUUUGCAGACUAGACAUAGCCGGAAAUGUGGAAAUACGGUGGAGGAAAAGGUCUCUGGCUAUAUCGCUCUGUAGUCUGAACUAGGUAUGACUCUCGGACUGGGCAAAUUUGAGACGGACCGGGCCGAUCUCUUCCUGGGGCCAGGAAAAACUGGUUAAGCAUGCUGCUCAGACCAUGUCCGCCAUCACCCAUAAAGUAAAAAAGACGCAAGGCCAGGAACGAGCCUGUUUUCCCGAUUUUAUGCGGUCUGCGAAAUGGCCGCCUACUCGCCGGAUCUAAAUCCGGUGGACUAAAUUUUUUUCUCAAUUCUAAACCAGUACCUGUACUUCACGCCACAAGACUUUGGAGCCGCUAAGUGAUCGCUGCGCCAAGAGCGGGACCGAUUUCCCCAAAAAAAGCUUUGGCGGAUCGCCCAAAAUUUAAAAUCAAUUUUGGAGCUCUAUCUCGGCGCCAAGAGCAGCUACCUUAAAACUGGCUGAACAUAAUAUUAACAAUACUCUAUGUUACUCAUAUUCACCGUUACUUUAAUUGAGUUCGGGGUUUUAGACAGAAUAUGGCUAUAAAUAUGAGUUGCAUUUUUUCUUUGUCCCUGUAAAAAUCAGGCAACUUUGGACCGGAAAAUCUUAAAAAUGGAUUUUGAAAUUUAUCCUUUUUAUGAUGUAAUAUACAGUAUAAUAUUAUUACACAUAUAAUCCUUGUUUUCAGUCGCCUCAGAGAACGUGAAAUGGGUCCAACUGGAGCAACACACCGAUGACUUCCCCUUCGACGAAGAUGCCGCCCUCAAAGCCGAAGCCGCCUUCAGGCAGACCACGGAAAACAAAGCCGCCGGCGAUAUUGUCAGGAGGAUAGAGAAAAUGUUCAAUGUAUGUUUACCAAUUUCAUACAUGUAUAUUUCGCAACAUCUUUUGAAUUAUUUUCUUUGCAGGACUCGGUUGACGGUUAUCAGCGCUCUUUGACGGAGGGAGAACGCAAACUUGUCGAGCUGCAAGAAACAAGUGGAUCAUUCGUGCCUCAGAUGACCUUUAUUUUUGCCGCUCAUUGCUUCAUACUGCUCAUAAUGAUAAGACAACUUGUAAAUUUGUAA